AUGCCUCUCCCCGCCUGGGGGUGUUCCCCACGCUUCCUAAAUCCUAGUGCGUCACUCGCGAAGCGAGUCUUUCCCAAGCAAGAUGGGACCGAAGCGCUCAACUGGUAGAAAGCCACGGGGACGCAAACGGCGCGGCCAGAAGGCCAAGGGCGAGAGCACGGCGGGGCGUGAGGAGGAGGAGGCGGCGGCGGAUGUGGUUGAAGAUAAGAAACCCCCAAAGAAGAGUCUCCUCCCAAAAGUCUCACAAGGAAAGAGGAAGAGGGGCUUCAGUGAUCCUGGGUGCUCAACAGAUGGUCGAGCAAAAAAGAAAGUGGCCAAGGUAACUGUUAAAUCUGAAAACCUCAAGGUUAUAAAGGAUGAAGCCUUCAGCGAUGGGGAAGAUUUCAGUGCCUGCAAGAAGGCGCACCAUCCAAAGAGAGAGGCUGCCAUGGACAAAGGCAGCCAUGAAGGAGACGACGAGGAGGAAAGUGAAGAUGACUGGGAAGAAGUAGAAGAACUUAGUGAGCCUGUGCCAGGUGAUGCGGGAGAAAAUGCAGCCUUCUCUCAAUCUGUUCUGCCUAUGAAACCAGUGGAGAUAGAGAUUGAAACACCAGAGCAGGCGAAAGCAAGAGAAAGAAGUGAAAAAAUACAAAUGGAGUUUGAGACAAAUCUUCGGAGGCUGAUGAAACGUUUCAGUAAAGAAGUCCACGAGGACACGCACAAGGUUCACCUUCUGUGCCUACUAGCAAAUGGCUUCUAUCGAAAUAACAUCUGCAACCAGCCCGAUCUGCAGGCUAUUGGCCUCUCCAUCAUCCCAGCUCGCUUUACCAGAGUGCCUCCUCAAGACGUGGAUAUCUACUACCUGUCAAACCUGGUGAAAUGGUUCAUUGGAACAUUUACAGUUAACACAGACCUUUCAACAAAUGAACAAGAUGACCUACAGACUACGUUGGAAAGGAGAUUUGCUAUUUACUCUGCACGAGAUGAUGAAGAAUUGGUCCACAUAUUUUUACUGAUUCUCCGGGCCCUGCAGCUUCCAACCCGACUGGUAUUGUCUCUACAGCCAGUUCCUCUGAAGUUAUCAGCAACCAAGGGAAAGAAACCUUCUAAGGAGAGAUCCACAGAGUGUCCUGGAGGCUCUGCAGAAACUUCUAGCCAAGUUCCAGAAAACCAAACCAAACCGAAGACCAGCAGAGAAACUAGACAAGAGGACACCACUUCUAAGAGCGCUGGCAGUCCAAGUGUCAAAGGGAAGAGGAGCAAAGCAGCCGCCAUCAAGAAGAAACAGAAAGAGCCUCCCUCCAGUGGGGAAGAAGAAGUCAAAGUGGAAAAGCAGGAGAAGAAAACUCAGAGACGUGUGCGUGGCCAGAAGCGGCGGGUGGCCUCUAGGGUGUCCUAUAAAGAAGAGAGUGGGAGUGACAAGGCCAGCAGUGGCUCUGACUUUGAGCUCUCUUCUGGGGAAGCCCAUCAUUCAUCCAGUGAGGAUUGUGAGCCUGGCCCUUCAAGACAGAGGAGGGCCUCAGCCCCUCAGAGGACAAAGGCAGGUUCCAAAAGUGACUCCAGAACCCAACAUGGAAGCCACCCUAAGCACCCAGGCUUUCCAGCAGCAUCUGCAAGUUCUUCAAGCAGUAAGAGUAAGAGAGGCAAGAAAAUGUCCAGUGAUGGUGAGGAAACAGAAAGAGGGAAAGCAGCUGGUGUAAACCAGUGGCUUGAGGUAUUCUGUGAGCAGGAGGAAAAGUGGACAUGUGUGGACUGUGUGCAUGGCGUGGUGGGCCAGUCUCCGACAUGUUACAGAUAUGCCACGAAGCCCAUGACCUACGUUGUAGCCAUCGACAAUAAUGGCUGGGUCCGGGAUGUCACCCAGAGGUAUGAUCCAGCCUGGAUGACAGCGACUCGCAAGUGCCGGGUUGAUGCCAAGUGGUGGGCGGAAACCUUGAGACCCUACCAGAGCCCAUUGGUGGAAAGGGAAAAGAAAGAAGACUUGGAGUUUCAGGCAAAGCACCUGGAACAGCCUUUGCCCACUGUCAUUGGCACAUAUAAGAACCACCCUCUGUACGCCUUGAAGAGGCAUCUCUUGAAAUAUGAGGCCAUCUAUCCUGAGACAGCUGCGAUCAUUGGUUAUUGUCGUGGAGAAGCUGUCUAUUCCAGGGAUUGUGUGCAUAUCCUGCACUCCAGGGAUACGUGGCUGAAACAAGGAAGAGUGGUGAGGCUUGGAGAAGUGCCCUACAAGAUGGUGAAAGGCUAUUCCAACCGGGCCCGGAGAGCCCGCCUUGCUGAGCCCCAGCUACAGGACCACAAUGACUUGGGCCUGUUUGGCAAGUGGCAGACAGAGGAGUACCAGCCGCCCGUGGCUGUGGAUGGCAAGGUCCCCCGGAAUGAAUUUGGGAACGUGUACCUCUUCCUGCCCAGCAUGAUGCCUAUCGGCUGUGUCCAGCUGAAUCUGCCCAACCUGCAGCGCGUGGCCCGUAAGCUGGACAUCGACUGUGUCCAGGCCAUUACCGGCUUCGAUUUCCAUAAAGGCUACUCGCAUCCCAUAACUGAAGGGUACAUAGUCUGCGAGGAAUACAAAGAUGUGCUCCUGGCCGCCUGGGAAAAUGAGCAGGCACUCAUUGAAAAGAAGGAGAAGGAGAAAAAGGAGAAGCGGGCUUUAGGGAACUGGAAGCUGCUGGCCAAAGGACUGCUCAUCAGGGAGAGGCUGAAGCUUCGCUAUGGGGCCAAGAGUGAGGCAGUAGCUCCCCAUACAGAUGCAGGAGGUGGACUCUCUUCUGAUGAAGAGGAAGGGACCAGCUCUCAAGCAGAAGCAGCCAGGAUCCUGGCUGCCUCUUGGCCUCAAAACCGAGAGGCUGAAGAAGAGCAGAAGCCAAAGUACCCUAAGAGGACCAGAAGAGAAAAGGCGACAGCUUCCCACCUGUUCCCAUUUGAGAGGCUGUGAUAUGAGUGGCCACUUUGUCAUAGGCUCUGACUCAAGGGUCCUACAUCUGCCACAGGGGAUGCUCAGGUCCUGGGGUGGUGGUGUCUCCAUUGAGAAGACAAACAGAAGCAACAUGCACUGCAGACAAGGGCCAGGGGACAGAAAGGUCAGGCUGAGGUAGUGCUGCAGGUCUGGUCUGGCCCCAGGUCUUGUCAGAUUCACCCAGCAUAGGGCUUUCGAAGCUUUUUGCUCCCUCACCCUAUGCUUUGAGCUAUGGAACACUUGCCCAGAGACCCUCCUGUCACCUAGACUCAUUUUUCCCAUCUUUGGAAACAUCAGUUCUUUUAGAAACUACUGGGAAAUUUUCAGACAAUGGUGCAUUAGGAAUGCAGUUUUUUCUCUAGAUAGGUUCUUCAUCUAUCAGACACUUGUGCUCUUGGCUCUCUUGCAGACUUUGGACUUCUCUCUGCAGGCCACUCAUUCCUCAGUCAUGUUUACUAAUACUGCCCAAUGCUGCCUCUGUAGUAUGGGGAGUCCAAGACAUCUCAGACUGUGGUAUUAUUGGGAUCCACUUUUCAAAAUAACAUUUCGUGGUGGCAGAAGACUCGAACAAAGCCAAAAUCAGGAACAAAAAGGAAAAUCACUGAGAAUUAAAGAAAUGUUGGUAAAAGUGGAUCAGUGUUAAACUAGAUUUUACUCAUUACUGGAUAAAUUUAUAAAGCUCUAUGCACUGUAGAUAUUCAAGAGAAAUAACAUUUGUAACAUUUUGAGAAAAAAAUAAAGCAUUUAUCUAAAACGCA